GGUUCCUCCGUGAACUCCCAUUCAGGAGCGCGAGACAGCCCGAUGAGUUAAUCACUGUCCACGCGCACAGAGAGAGAGAGAGGGAGAGAGAGAGAGAGAGAGAGGGAGAGAGAGGGGGAGAGAGAGAGGGAGAGAGAGAGGGAGAGAGAGAGGUAUCGGUGCCGGCUUCCUCUCACUUCCACCCCGGGACGCGCGUCCGUCGAGCCGCCGGGGCUCCGCGCAGCCAUGGCCGGGGACGGGUCCGACCAGCGCGCGCUGCAGUAUGAACAGACUCUGAUGUAUGGCCGCUACACCCAGGAGCUCGGGGUGUACGCCAAAGAGGAGGCGGCCCGGCUGAGGGACAGCGGGCCGAGGCGGUCGGUCAGCGAGCGGAGCCGGGCCCUGGACCUGCUGGAGUACGACAAGGGACGCUGUGCCAAGUGCCGCAGGUCAGGGUACCCGUAUGCUCUGCCAGCUCCAGCCAAGGACUUUGUCUCCGUCUGCACUGUCCGAUGUCAGAAGUUCCUGAUCUCGCGGGUCGGGGAGGACUGGAUCUUCCUCAUCCUGCUGGGACUCCUCAUGGCCCUGGUCAGCUGGGUGGUGGACUUCUGCAUCGCCAUCUGUCUGCAAGCACAGAAGUGGAUGUACGGGGGUCUGGACAGCAACGUCUUCCUGCAGUACCUGGCCUGGGUCACCUACCCCGUGGUCCUCAUCACCUUCUCUGCCGGAUUCACACAGAUUCUCGCCCCUCAAGCUGUUGGUUCUGGGAUUCCAGAGAUGAAGACCAUCCUGAGAGGAGUUGUGCUGAAGGAAUACCUCACCUUCAAAACCUUCGUGGCAAAAGUCAUCGGCCUCACCUGCGCUCUGGGCAGCGGCAUGCCCCUGGGCAAGGAGGGUCCGUUCGUACACAUCGCCAGCUUGUGCGCCGCUCUCCUCAGCAAGUUCAUGUCUCUGUUUGGAGGAAUUUACGAGAAUGAGUCGAGAAACAUCGAGAUGCUGGCAGCGGCCUGCGCUGUGGGAGUGGGCUGCUGCUUCGCGGCCCCCAUAGGAGGCGUGUUGUUCAGCAUCGAAGUCACAUCCACAUUCUUUGCGGUGAGAAACUAUUGGAGAGGUUUCUUUGCCGCGACCUUCAGUGCCUUCAUCUUCAGAGUGCUGGCCGUGUGGAACAGAGACGAAGAAACCAUCACGGCUCUUUUUAAAACCCGCUUCCGGCUGGACUUCCCCUUUGACCUCCAGGAGCUUCCGGCCUUCGCCGUCAUUGGUAUUGCCAGUGGUUUUGGUGGGGCUUUGUUCGUCUACCUGAACCGACUGAUCGUCCAGUUCAUCAGGAAGCAGAAGGCCAUCAACAGAUUCCUCAUGAAGAAGCGUCUCCUCUAUCCAGCUCUGGUCACUCUGCUCGUCUCCACUCUCACAUUCCCGCCCGGCUUUGGACAAUUUAUGGCAGGAAAGCUGACCCAGAAGGAGACUCUGGUGACGUUGCUGGACAACCGGACGUGGGCCAAACAGGGCAUCGCGGAGGAGUUCGACUACAUCGGACACUCUCAGGCCUGGCAGCACCCGCAGGUCAACGUCUUCGUCACCCUCGUCCUCUUCAUCGUCAUGAAGAAGUGA